UCUUCUCCUCCCGCCAGCCGGGGCUUGGGCUUUGCACCCGGCGGCCGCUGAGAACCGUGGAGGUUGCACAGCCUGUAGCGCAGACGGGCGGAGCGGAGCUGCCCAGCCCGAUGACGGGCGAUGCCCCCGUGAGUCUCUCUCGCCGCCCCUCCCCGCCCCGCGCCCCUAUCUCCUCGGAGUCCGCCGCCCGCCUGGGACCGGGCCGCGCCUACUGCCGGGUCCGCGGGGCGGGGUCCCGGGGCAACACCUGCCCCGCCUUGCAGAGCCGCCUCGGCCAACCGAGACCCCUUCCUGUCUGGACCCCAGGCCCACCUACGGACUCUCGUCACAUCACCUCCUCCUGGGAGCUACCCUGAUUGCCUUCACCUCCUUUCUUGAAACCUGGUGUCUCGGCGGAAGUUAACUGAGGCUUCCUGUCAGUGUCCUAGGGGAGUGCUGUCGGGAAGGCACAGCCCCCUGUGAUGCGGAACCCCACGCUCAGAUUCAUCAACUUCACAAUCCAAUGAGAGUUGUCUGAGGCCCUGCUUCUCCUUGGACCAUGUUUAACGGGGAGCCGAGUCCGGCCUCAGCCCCAGGCCCCAGGAAUGUGGUUCGGAGCUCCAGCAUCAGUGGCGAAAUCUGUGGAUCCCAGCAGGCUGGGAGUGGGACAGGAACCACCACUGCCAAGAAGCGGCGCAGCAGCCUUGGGGCCAAGAUGGUGGCCAUUGUGGGCCUGACCCAGUGGAGCAAGAGCACGCUCCAGCUCCCCCAGCCUGAAGGGACCACCAAGAAGCUGCGCAGCAACAUCCGGCGGAGCACGGAGACCGGCAUCGCGGUGGAGAUGCGCAGUCGGGUCACGCGCCAGGGCAGCCGGGAGUCCACCGACGGGAGCACCAACAGCAACAGCUCUGAUGGGACGUUCAUCUUCCCCACUACCCGGCUCGGGGCCGAAAGCCAGUUCAGCGAUUUCCUGGAUGGGCUGGGACCAGCCCAGAUUGUGGGGCGACAGACGCUGGCCACCCCACCGAUGGGGGAUGUACGCAUUGCCAUCAUGGACCGGAGUGGCCAGCUGGAGGUGGAAGUGAUUGAGGCUCGGGGCCUUACCCCCAAACCUGGCUCCAAAUCCCUCCCAGCCACGUAUGUCAAGGUUUACUUGCUUGAAAAUGGGACCUGCUUGGCCAAGAAGAAGACAAAGGUGGCCAAGAAGACCUGUGACCCCCUGUACCAGCAGGCUCUGCUCUUUGAUGAGGGGCCCCAGGGCAAGGUGCUGCAGGUAAUCGUCUGGGGAGACUACGGCCGUAUGGAUCACAAGUGCUUCAUGGGCAUGGCCCAGAUCAUGCUGGACGAGCUGGACCUGAGUGCCGCCAUCACCGGCUGGUAUAAACUCUUCCCCACGUCCUCCGUGGCAGACUCUACGCUCGGAUCCCUCACCAGGCGCCUGUCCCAGUCCUCCCUGGAGAGUGCCACCAGCCCCUCAUGCACCUAAGGACCUCAGGAAGAGGCCGGGAAGGGGUGCCUGCUGGCCCCCCUUCUCCUCCCCUGUACAUAGUCAGGUCUUUCUGGCUCCCUCACCCUGCUGCAUGCCUGUUGGCUACUGGGCCCAUCCCAGCUGGCAGUGGAGACUGUAGUGUGUGUGCGUGUGUGUGCGUGUGUGUAUGUGUGUCUGUGUGUGACCAUGUUCUAUCUGUUCAUUUGUCUGGUUAUAGUCAGUCUUGGUGACCACGUGGGCUGAAAUCCAUGUCUUUCUGUGUCUUGUUGGAAAGAAACCCAAAGGACUAUUGUGUGGAUACGUCUCCCCCUCAGUCAGAGGACUGAAGAGCAGGAUGUGGCCAUUGGUCCUUCCUGCCUGUUCCCGUGCCAGAAGAGCCCACGUGUCUCCACCUGUGCCUCCUCUUGGUGGUCCCUGCUUAGUUUCUGCCCUGUUCUUUGUUCUACCUUUGCCUCUCCUAGCGCUGCUGCUGUUUUCAAGGAAUGUAGCGUCCACUGCAGCUGGCCACACUGAGGCCCCUCUGGGAACCCUGACACCCCUCCUACCCAAGCGUUCUGGCAGCUUUUCCCACUGAAUGCACCUGCGACAUGUAGCACGCUCGUCUAGUACCCUGGCCAGGGCCCUGGGGAGCAGAGAUGCCUGGGAUGCUGAGGGCUUGGAGACGGCUUCCUCCCUCGGGCUGGAGCCACCUCCUUCCUACCAGCGAAACAUGAGGAGGUCUUAGUUCCCAGGGUUGUUGGCCAGAUCCCUUAGAGGGAAUUUCCAGUACCUCCCUUAGCAUUGCUCUUCACCUUCUGUCUUCCUCCAAGCCACCUCCCCUCCAACAGGCCAAAGGAGCCCUCCCAGUGGACCCCAGGCGGUAUGGACUGGAGGGUCUUGACAUCCAGGAAGCUGGCCUCAGAGGGGAUGUAAUCUGCCAAAGCAGGCCGUCCCUGGAGGCACCUGUGUCCUCGCGGGUCCUAAGGCUGGGCCUGUUCCCUGCUGGGCUCGUCCUGGUGGGCCUGGCCUGUGAGGUGGUACUGAGGGUAUGACUGUUUGCUGGAAUAAGGAGAGUGGGACUAACUUGUUCUGAGCCACUGCUGAGAAUCCUGCCUGAGCUUUGGGGAUCAGCUGCAUGACAUUGAUCAUUUGGGACUCUAUUUUUUUCUUUUUUCCAGGCCAGGGUCCCUGUCUGGGAGCUCAGACACACAUGGGCUCCAGCCUCCUAGCUCCCUGGACUCUAAACUGUCACAGUCACCAGCUCUGGACAAGCAAUACUCACCCCUCUAGGUCCCCUUGCCUCGUUGCGCUCCACUGCUACCCUCUGGAGUGGCCUGGCCUGCUUUAGGCACCAAAGCUGCCUCUGCUUUCUUUCCACCCCUGUAUGGUUGGAGCUUCCCAAACCCACUCAGACCCUGACUUGAUCUGACAGCUGGGCCUUGUGGGUGGACACCAGUGCCUGACUGGACCUUAUGUCUACUAGGAAUCCUGAAGUCUGGCUCAGGAAUGCUCAGAUUUGUCCCUCUCCCUCCUCAGGUCCAGGGUGAAUGGUGAGAGGUUGCCCAGGAGACAGACGUAGCAGCCCUUGGGUCCAUGUCUGGUGCAGAGGAAAGAGGUGGCCGGAGGGAUCACAGUAUGGGCCCGGCUCUCUCUGCCUCUUCCCCAGACAUUGCUGCAAUGACUCUGACCAUAUAUGCCAGGGCUGAUCACAGAUGAGCGUGUCAUACCAGCAGUAAAGAAACGAACACAAUGAGCUCCUGGGCUCCUGUCUCCUGCUGGAGCCUCUGUUCUUGUAUCACAGACGAGAACCGUUGGGCGCAUGGAAGACGGGAGGAGGUGGCUGGAUCCUGUUUUCUUUCUGCAGAAAUUCUCUCCCGUUGUCGGGACUGGGUAAUGCAUGCAUUUCUCAUGUUUCUAAAUGAGGUAAAGGGCUGUGUACUAUUUGAUCCCAGGGUGGGAAGAGGGCGGAAACUUGCUCACAUAAGGGUGUUUUUAUGUCUGGUCUGUGAUAUGUUCACCUCUAGAGAGGUCACCCUCAGGAUGGUGUGAAAAUACACCUUGGGGUGAUGGGAUUAUUCAUGACAGUGUAGACAUUUGCUGAUGUAGCACUGAGUGGUGAUCCCCAGACCAGGCAGUCACCCCCGGGAAAGGGGGGAUAUCAUUGAGAGAUAUCAUCCUCAUUCUUCCCGGGUCCCCGAAAGACCAUGACAGAAGGCGGAAGCUGCCAGCGGAGAGGCUGCCUCUGGGAAGCUGGAGGGGCUGGUGUCCUUUGCCUCUGUGGGGAGGCUGCUUAGCACAGGGAAAGUUCCAGCCAGAGGUGGGGCCUGACAUAUUGGGAAUUCGGACUAAUCUGCCUGCAAUCCCCAGCUGCCAAAACUGCCCAGGGCUGGGGCCACUCCACGAUUCCACCUCUCUAAUGGGAAGUAAUUCCCAUCCCCAAGUUGACAUUGGGAAUUAUUCUUUUUAACCCUUUGCACCAAAUAAGCAAUUAAUCCCCACCUGGAUUUUCCCCCAUGCGGGUGAAGUCAUGUGAGGCUGACGUUGUGUGAUGGUGACUGCUGGACUUAAGGAUCUGUUUCUCAGCAUCCCGAAUGUAGGGGCUUGUCUGAGAAGCCACUCUGGAGCAAGCCUGGCCCAGGAGAGGAGGGAGUUCAAGUGUGACUCCUGGCCUUCCCUGGGGUGGGGAGCAUCUGUCCGUUGAAGAGAGGAUGGUGGGGAACGAAGCAACAUAAUCCCCCCCGAGUUCUCCCUAACCUGGGACUAACUCACUACCAGGUACCUGGCUCCAAAUGCCCCCUUACUCCAGGUGAAACCAAGAGCUGAUUGCAGGCUGGUGCUCUCUGACAUUCCAUCUUCUCUGUUCAGGCAGGAUUCAUGAAAGAGGUGGCAGAGACAGAAAUGGCCCUGCAGCGAUGCUGGGCUGUGGGCAGGAACCCUGACGGUGAUUCAGAGCAUCUGUCUUCACACUUCUGCUCUGUUCAAUCUGUCCCACUUCCUUCAUAGCCUCCUUCCCUACAGGGAAGUCUGUGAUGGGUCUUUGGUAUGAAAUCAGGCUCCAGGACAUGGGCCCGGUCUUGGUUUGACGAGAGGGAUGUGAUCCUUCAGGGAGCACAAGCAUCUCCAAAACUACUCCCCCUCUAGUCUCUGCCACCACUCAGCUUUACUGGGAGAGGAGCACUUAAGAGGCUCUUGGUAUGCAGGAAGUCCCAGGCACGGCCAGGACUGGCCGAGGCAGAACCUAGAAGGUCCAGAGAGAGGGCACCCGUGCAGCUCAUCACUCCUGGGAUCACUGCCGGUUAGACACGGAGAUCAAGCCAGUUCUCCCAGCGGCAUGACACCCAGGAGGGCAAGCAUGCCUGAGCUCUUCUUUACUGCCAGCCUUGAGGAGAUCAGAAUCCACCCCCCACCCCCGCCUUUAAAGACAAUAGAACCCUCCAAGGGUACUUCUUUGGAAACAAAAUGUAGCACAAUCUUAGACUGCGUUCCAGGAGCCCUGACAUGCAUCCAGGGUGCCUGCUCCGCGCCCUCUGCCCAGGAGACCUUUGUUCCUCCCCCUGGGGCUCCAGAGUUCCUAAUACCUCCGAUCCCCAUUUCCUCGGCCCAGAAAGCAGCAGGGCUUCAGUAAGGCUGCUCUUCUGUUUCUCUGAUUGCUUCCUGCACUGUGCAAACUCUGCAAGACAUUUCUGCCUUUGCUUGAUGUAAUGAGAUGUCCUCCACCUGAGUGGAGAGAGAUGGCCCAUCCUUCAGGGCCAGAGGGUUGUCCGGCAGCCUUUCUUCAGUGGCUGCAAGGAGAUGGAGAAGAGGCCCACUGCCCAGUCGACCCCUACCUUUAUCUUCCUCUCCUCAGCGUUUUCUUCUCCAAUAUCCUAACACGUAAAGAGGGUCUUUAAAAUGCUGCUUCCUGUAUGGGAUUAUCUUUCCCUGGAUGAUCAGGGAGGACAUGGGCAUGUGGACACGUCCCCUGCCUCCUCCCUCAGGUCUGCUUUCACUCAGGUCAGAAGAGAUUGAGGCAAAACAAAACUAUCCUGACUGAAGAGCAGGGGAGACCCACCUGAUCAGGCGAGGCCUGAUGGGGGCUGGACUGGCCUAGUUUGGCUGGGAAAGGGUUAUUUUGAGAGUGCCUGAGCAUCUCAGAGCAAUGUCAGUGAUGCCAAAGAGAGCAACUUGGCCUCCUUGGGCACCAACUCUGUUGGCCUGCCUGAGGGUGGGACCUUGUUCUCUGACAAAGGGCUUAAUCUUUCCAUGUAGCAAAGCAACUCCCCCUUCCCCCAACCCUGAGCUCGGGCUUUUGUGGGCCCAGCAUGGCUGUGCCUGUGAGGGAAACCACUCCAGAGAGAGAAACUCGUAUUCUCUCCAGGGCCUAGACUGACUGGGAGCAAGUGCUCGUUGAAAAACAUGAGUGCUUUGGCAAAAACCUUCCAGUGCUCUGGCUGGAAACUUGGCCAGAAAGGACAGGGGCCUUGGGCCCCCCAAGGAGUUCAUGCCAAUGCCCGGAAGGGUUCCUGGGACUGGGUUCCAAAGAUCUUGGCUAAGAGAAAUGAGCCCUGGGAACUCCAGAAGCAACCGCAUCCACCCCUUUGGUCAGGGGCCUACAGAGCAUCAAAGGCUGUUACAUAAAAUCUGCCAGGAACUGUGACCACAGGCAAGACUCCUCACUUUUCUGGGCCUCAGCUUUCUCAUCUGCAAAAUCAGAGUAUUUGCCAGUUGCUCCACGGUUCCCUCCAGGUUUUAAAAGUCUGAUCUGGAGCUGAUGAGGGUUGCAAGCCUGGUACACGUGACACCUGGUUCCAUGAGCUGGUUUCUUCCAGCCCCAGGUGCCCAAGCUGGAUGCAGGUCCUCAUCCGUCCACACCCAGACGCUGCUUCUGACAAGAACUCGGGGAUCUUGACAGACUGCUUCCACCUCUUCGUGGUUUUUUCUCGCGCUUUUAUUCUUGUAUAAUGAUAAAAAAAAUAAUUAAGGGGUGUCUACAAUGGACAAUUUUCAAGGUGCUGAUGUGAUGUCACAACCUCAGCUGCAUCCUGUGUAGGUCAGUAUCCCCACCAGCCGAUGAGGCUGGGUCGGUCCUCCUUUCUGCUUCUAGAAUGUCAUCCGUGGGAGAGUUGAACAUCUGAGAAUUUUAAAGGAAAUGCUCUCUGAUGGGAAGAGAGAGGAAAUUUAUUUCCCUGCAAAGUAUUUUCCUUCUUACACCACUCCUCUCUCCAGAAUAUCCUUCACCAGAUGACAUCUCAGCAGGCAAAGUGGCUGCUUCCUUAGGAGAAAGUUGGCCUGAUGGUUCUCUCUACUCCUUUAGAAUGUAAAUUCACGGGAGGCAGGAACCCCUUUUUUUAGAAUUUCCAAAUGCAUCCUGCAAAGAAAGAGAUAGCUGAUAGGGACUGACAAGCACACUGUUUAGAUAAGAAGCAAUUAGCCUUUUAUAUCUGUUCUAUACAUUUUCUAUGUGCAGCAUCUUUCCAAACUAGUGGCUCCAGGUGGCAGGUGGACGGCUGGGAAGGAGUUGCCAGCUGCUCCAUACAAUGUUCUUUGCCAAUAUCCUUGAGGAGGAAAUUCUUCACGUGGCUUCUGCAUGUACAGUAUUUGGGCAGCAAAACAUGAUUAAAGUCAGUUUGAAAAUCG